GUUCAUUCCGCAUCAAAAAGCACGAGAGAGAGGAGAGUCAGCUCUCGUCCGGAUUGCGAGAUAGAGAGAGAGAGAGAGAGAGAUCCAGUUCCGCGUUUUGGGCGAAGAGGAAGCUCCAGGGGGGAGCGGCUAUGGCUUCAUCGCUGCUGAAUCGUCGGUCCCUGAUCCUGUUGGGUCUCUUGCUCGCUGGGUCUUUGUUUGCAUUCUCGGUUGCUAAAGAAGAAGCCACCAAGUUGGGAACUGUUAUUGGGAUUGAUCUUGGGACCACCUACUCUUGUGUUGGUGUCUACAAGAAUGGACAUGUGGAGAUCAUAGCCAAUGACCAAGGAAACCGCAUUACACCAUCUUGGGUUGCUUUCACUGAUUCUGAGAGACUGAUUGGUGAGGCUGCAAAGAAUCUGGCAGCAGUGUACCCAGAAAGAACUAUCUUUGAUGUCAAGAGACUUAUUGGAAGAAAAUUUGAGGAUAAAGAAGUUCAAAGGGACAUGAAACUUGUCCCGUACAAAAUUGUUAACAAAGACGGCAAGCCUUAUAUCCAAGUCAAGAUCAAGGAUGGAGAAGUUAAAGUUUUCAGUCCUGAGGAAAUAAGUGCCAUGGUUUUGACUAAGAUGAAGGAGACAGCAGAAGCUUUCCUUGGAAAGAAAAUUAAGGAUGCUGUGGUUACUGUUCCAGCUUAUUUCAAUGAUGCUCAAAGACAGGCAACCAAAGAUGCUGGCAUAAUUGCUGGCUUGAAUGUGGCCAGAAUAAUCAAUGAACCAACAGCUGCUGCCAUAGCAUAUGGUCUGGACAAGAAGGGUGGUGAGAAAAACAUUCUUGUUUUUGACCUUGGUGGUGGCACAUUCGAUGUUAGCAUCUUGACAAUUGACAAUGGAGUUUUUGAAGUUCUGGCAACACAUGGUGAUACUCAUCUGGGAGGAGAGGACUUUGAUCAGCGAGUGAUGGAGUAUUUUAUCAAAUUGAUUAAGAAGAAGCAUGGAAAGGACAUUAGCAAGGAUAAUCGUGCUCUUGGGAAGUUGAGGAGAGAGAGUGAACGUGCCAAGAGAGCUUUGAGUAACCAGCACCAAGUCCGCGUCGAGAUUGAAUCACUUUAUGAUGGCUUGGAUUUCUCAGAGCCUCUAACUCGUGCCCGUUUUGAGGAAUUGAAUAACGAUUUAUUCAGAAAGACAAUGGGACCCGUGAAGAAAGCCAUGGAAGAUGCAGGGUUGCAGAAGCAUCAGAUUGAUGAGAUUGUCCUUGUCGGUGGUAGCACUAGGAUUCCAAAGGUUCAACAACUCCUGAAGGAUUACUUUGAUGGCAAAGAGCCGAACAAGGGAGUUAACCCAGAUGAGGCUGUUGCAUAUGGUGCAGCUGUACAAGGAAGCAUUCUUAGUGGUGAAGGAGGUGAAGAAACUAAAGACAUUCUUCUUCUGGAUGUUGCUCCUCUUACCCUUGGUAUUGAAACUGUUGGCGGAGUGAUGACUAAGUUGAUUCCAAGGAACACUGUCAUCCCAACCAAGAAAUCUCAAGUUUUCACUACUUACCAAGAUCAACAGACUACAGUCUCCAUCCAGGUUUUCGAAGGUGAGAGGAGUCUCACAAAAGAUUGCAGACUGCUUGGGAAGUUUGAUUUAUCUGGAAUUCCACCAGCACCAAGAGGCACACCUCAAAUUGAAGUCACCUUUGAGCUUGAUGCAAAUGGUAUUCUAAAUGUGAAGGCAGAAGAUAAGGGCACUGGCAAGUCUGAGAAGAUCACCAUCACCAAUGAGAAGGGUCGCCUCAGCCAGGAAGAGAUUGACCGAAUGGUCCAGGAGGCUGAGGAGUUUGCUGAGGAGGACAAGAAGGUGAAAGAAAAGAUUGAUGCUCGGAACCAGUUGGAGACCUAUGUUUACAACAUGAAGAACACUAUCAAUGACAAAGACAAGCUUGCUGACAAGCUUGAGGGUGAAGAGAAGGAGAAGAUAGAGGUGGCCGUGAAGGAUGCACUUGAGUGGCUCGAUGACAACCAAAGCGCAGAGAAAGAGGACUAUGACGAGAAGCUCAAGGAGGUGGAAGCUGUUUGCAACCCCAUCAUUUCUGCAGUGUAUCAAAGGUCUGGUGGUGCACCGGGGGGUGGUGCUGAUGAUGCAGAUGAUGACGACUCACACGAUGAGCUUUAAGCUGUAGAAGGAGACCAGACAAUCAUUCGUCGAAGGGAUGGACGGAGAGCCAUUUGAGGUGAAGAACUCGGUUUCGAUUUUGUAAUUCUAUGCUAAGCUCGUAGGGUUUACUGAUGAAGCAGGGAGAUACAUCUCCAUGCUUGGCUUUUUGUGUUUGGGUUUAAACGGAGGUCUUGAACUAUUCUAUCUGUUAGUUAACCAAACUUCUUGUCUCGACUUGGAACUCACUAUUUUUACGGAGUAGCUUCAUAUUGCCAAUAUGUACGGCCCUUAGGGCCUCCCAUUAUAAUAUUUUGCAAUAAUUUUUUCAGGUAA